AUUACUAUUACUACAUUAUUAUUUACAGUUAUCUACAGCUUUAACAGAUUCCCAUAGUGGUAUAAUAUAUCAAUUGAAUAAUGGCUGAUAGAUAUUCCUUCUCGUUAACUACUUUCUCACCAAGUGGUAAGUUAGUUCAAAUUGAAUAUGCAUUAAAUGCUGUCAAACAAGGUGUAACCACCAUUGGUAUUAAAUCAGCAAAUGGAGUUGUUCUUGCGACUGAACGUAAAGCUAAUUCUCCACUUAUAAAGAGUGAAACUAAUUCAAAAGUAGAAUUAAUAACUCCAGAUAUUGGAAUUACAUAUUCUGGUAUGGGACCAGAUUUCAGGGUACUUGUUGAUAGAGCUCGUAAAUUGGCUCAUACAAACUAUAAAAGAAUUUAUAAUGAAUAUCCACCAGUAAGAAUUCUAGUACAAGAAAUUGCUAAAGUUAUGCAAGAAUCUACUCAAUCAGGAGGUAUUAGACCCUUUGGUGUAUCAUUAUUAGUUGGAGGUUAUGAUCAACAUUCUAAUCAAUUUCAAUUAUAUCAAGUAGAUCCAAGUGGAAGUUAUUUCCCAUGGAAAGCCACUGCUAUUGGUAAAACUUCAAAUUCUGCUAAAACAUUUUUAGAAAAAAGAUGGAAUGAAAAUUUAGAAUUAGAAGAUGCAAUUCAUGUAGCCUUAUUAGCAUUAAAGGAAUCAGUUGAUGGAGAAUUAACUGGAGAAAAUUUGGAUAUAGCAAUUAUUAGUGAUCCUCAAGAACAUUUAUUAGGAUUUAAAGGUACUAAAGAUGAAGGUCCAAGAUAUAAGAAAUUAUCAGCCGAAGAAAUAAAUGAUAGAUUAGAAUCUUUAUAGUUAGAUUAUUUACGAUCUCAGCAUAAUGCAAUUGCUUACAGAUAAGGAG